GGCGUAUGAGAUUAUUACAAAUCAUAGAACCUAUGGGAAAUCUUUCUAGUAAACAUCAAAUUUCGCGCGCUUCGCAUCCGAAAAAAAGCGCCUUGCGUGCCAGCGUGCGCAGCAAUCCUGAAGUGGAGAAUAUCAACGACGACAAUGCUUCUGAAAUUCAAGAGCGAGCUUCCGUUGCCAGUAAGGAUGACGAAGGGGAAUGUAUAGAUGAUGAAUUUUCAAACGAUGAACCGGAAGAGCGAGUGACCGAUGAAAUAAUGGGGAUUUGCGGGGUGGCGCAGACACAUAACAUGGAAUACGUUUCAAAAUCGGGCUUUGUAGAAGUCAUGCCAACGGAAAACGUGACUUCCGACAAACAAUUAUUACAGAAGAUGCGGAAUAGUUUUAGAAGGGACAUGGUGUUGGCAUUUCAAAGAACUUGCUCUCAAACGAAGAUCAAGAAAGCGAAUAGAGGAUGAAGUCAAUCAAAUUUCAAUUCUGUUACCACAUAAGAACAAGAAGUCACUUCUUCAGCAUGGCACACAACAUUGAAGAAUAUUUCGGAUUUGCAAAGGAAAUGGCAAAUGAAGCUGGAAAGAGAGUGAAAACAGAUUUUUACAAGAACAAGAAUAUAUUAGUAAAAGAGAACUUUGCUGAUCUCGUUACGGAGACCGAUAAAGCUGUCGAGGACUUGAUAUUUGGAAGAAUCAAGGAAAAGUACCCAACCCAUAAGUGCAUUGGUGAGGAGACGGUGUCAGCAAGUGGCCAUUGUGAGCUCACAGACGAACCCACCUGGAUAGUUGACCCUGUAGAUGGCACCACCAACUUUGUUCAUGGUGUACCACAUACAUGCAUUUCCAUUGGCCUGACAAUUAACAAACAGCCCAUGCUUGGUAUAGUGCAUGCUCCGAUACUAGAGGAGACGUUUAGUGCAAUGAAGGGGCAUGGAGCUUUCUGCAACGAGACAAAGCUGAGUGUAUCAACCAUAAAUGAACUGAACCGGAGUGUUGUGAUUCUGGAGGGUGGCACUUCAAGAGUUCCAGAGAUUCUGGACACUAAGAUAGCCAACAUAAAGUCUGUCAUUGGACAUUGCCAUGGUAUCCGAUGUUACGGGUCAGCAGCCAUCAACAUGUGCUAUGUAGCCCGCGGGUCUCACGAGGCCUAUGUUGAGCACGGGAUUCAUGUGUGGGACAUCGCUGCAGCAGCUGUUAUCGUGCAGGAGGCGGGUGGUGUGGUCUGUGACCCUUCAGGUGGGGAACUCGACUUGCUGAACAGGCGUGUCUUAGCAGCAUGCAACAAAACACUGGCAGGCCAACUAUCCGCCAUCACGACUAACAUCGACAUGGGAAGGGACUAAAUACGACAUGUAGAAACCAUUAGUCAAGAGGCUAUAAAUU